AAAAAAUAGAAACAUAUGUGGUUUUAAAUAUCAUACAUUUUUUAUGUAAUUUGCUAAGAACACAGUAGAUAUCAUUAAUGCAAAUUUUGGGCAAAUUUUCGUUUAAGUACAUGUGUAUUUUGGCCAUGAUAAUGAUCAUUUUGGCCAUGGUCACUUUAUCUUCUAUACAUAUUUUUUUAUAUUAAUUUCCUUUUCGUAACAUACUCUAGUUCUUGUUAAAACACCCUAGAUGUGUUUUUUUUGUGCAGUUAGAGCACUUUUUGUGUGAAAUUAUAUUUAUUUUGUCCAUCAAAGGUGUACUUUCACUUUAACUGAGCGUCAGCAGCGCGGCAAAAAUAGACCCAGCGCCGAAACGAUCGCGGCACUGCUGCUUCUGCUCUGCUUCUGCAACGCUCUGCCGUGCAGCUUCUGCGUGCGGUGUGAACGCUCUCAUCUGUUAACAUAGGAACCGAAAAAAAUACGCGCUGCUUCUGCUCUGCUGCAGCUUGCGGUGUGAACCCGGCCUUAGAACUCUCCUGAGCGCAUUCUCAAGGAGGUGCGUGAGGUGUCUUCUUCUUUUUCUUGCUUUAUGGUAUAUCGCACUUAUAAGUGAUUCCCAUCCACUUCCAUUAUAUGACUGACAGACUGCAACUCUUUGUGUUAAAAAUUCCCUGGGGGUAAGCAGAUAAACAUCAAAUUUGCAUUUUUGGGUGAACUAUCCCUUUAAAUCAUCAUUUGUAAAAAUGGUUUAAAAACACAGGUCAAAUUAAGUAUUUUAACAACUGCAAAAGAAUUGAUGGUUUUCUGUUCUGUAGAUAUAAAUAAUAUAAAAUUCUAUGCAAUGUCCCCAUUUGGAUAGCUAAGAAAACAUUUGUGUGUUGGUGUGUGGUGUAUGUUUAUGAACUGUGUAAAUGAUGUAUGUAUUUUAUUGUCAAUCAAUAGGCUGUUUUGCACAUUUGAUGAAUAAAACUUGACUUGUGUAAUACCAAGUGCUGUAUACAGUCUACUGGUUUCUGUGUUUGUUCAAUGUAUCUUUAUGGUUGCAGUUUUUUUCUACAGUUGUGGUUUAGUUGGCUUCAACUCUGGCCUGGUUCAUAAGUCAAGUUCGUGUAAAGUCACACAUCGUGGAAGACAUCAGCGCAUGGGCCUCUGAUAUCUAAGUCUUUACAUCUGUUCCACUUCAUCACUAUCAAGUGUGUUUACUGCUUUCCUGUUUUUUUUUUUUAUUCUGGCAUUUCUGCUCAGAUUAGUCUGAACUCUUUUACUGCAUUUCACUUGAACAAGCACAGAAUGAGGACAGAGCAACUUUUAGUCUUCUGUCUGUUGGUGUGUCAAACUACAGCGUUUUUAACUGAUAAACCGGUGAAUUUAGGGGGAAACGUAACUUUAGACUGUCAGAUUGAUGUAAAAGACAUUUAUUGGGUUUUCCAGAAACUGACAGACUCUCCGCUGCUGUUACUGCGAACUUACACAUCAGAUUCUACAUCAUCUUAUAUACAAGACCAAAGACUGAAAGACAAAUAUUCAUCACUAACUAAGAGCCGUUUAUUUAUUAUUAAUAUAACUAUUCAUGAAUUAGGAAUAUAUUAUUGUGUAAAACCUGCUACAACAUCUCUACAGAUCAGCAAUGGCACCAGACUUUACAUCAAUGAAUCUGCUCAAGAUCAAAAUCAAACAGAAUCGGCCCAAGAUCAAAAUCAAACAGAAUCGGCCCAAGAUCAAAAUCAAACAGAAUCUGCCCAAGAUCAAAAUGAACCAGAAGAGAAACAUCAGGAACAGUCAUGUGAGGAAACAUUGGAGAUGCACAUGAUUCUGAAUGUUACAUCCAUCCUGCUGAAUUUUGUGCUGAUCAUUGCAACAAUAGGUCUGUUAAUGCUCAAACAUAAGAAGCCUAGAAAAAGACGACAACAAGCCCAGAAUGUGCAUCCAGAGCAGAUCGAGGACUUAAACAACGCACAGUAUUCUGAAAUCGAGUUACCCACAUGUUCACGAAGAGAAAAACCGAUUCAGAUAAACGGCACUUACGCACUUCUUCAGAAUCCAAAGCCACGUUCUGGAUCAACACAUGCAGAUAUCAUCACAUCGUGAAACAUGCAAAGUUGAUAAUGAGGUAGUCUGAAACUUUCUGUGGGUGUAUCAUUUUCAGUAGGAUUGCGUUUUAUAAAGGUCAAUGUAUUUCUGUCACUCUUUGAAUGAAACCAUGUUAUUCGCUUAUUUAUAAAAUGCAUAAUUUGAAUGUGUUUUUCUACCAAGUACCUUAGACAUGUUAACAGAUCAAUCUUGAUUAAUGUGGUUACAGUUUACAUAAAGGUCCAAUUCAUUAAAAUAAAAUUACAAUAAAAAAAACUUAUUAAUCCUGAUUCAUUUUUAUUCAGGUUAACAAACAUAACUAGUUUAUUUUAAAGUAUAUUAUUUAAGUUUGAUUGUAUUGAUUUUAAGUGGAUUAACCAUGCUGUAUUAGGAUGAUUUAGUUGAUCCUCAGACUGGCCAAGCUGGUCUCCCAAAUCUGGACAGCCGACAAGUACCCCAAACACAUCCAAAACCAUCAAACUAGGUCAGAAAACUACUUUUCCUUAGUGGAUGUGCAAAUAAAGUGCAAAAAUAUUAUGAUACAAGGUUGAACGAAGCAUAAAAUAUAUGUGAUCUAGAUAGUUAGCCCGACUUAAUACGACUUCGUCAUACUCAUAUUCUAGGCAGAAUGUGAGUCUGAUACUGCUCCAUUGCACUUGAAUUAUGGGGCGUGUCUUAACCGAACCAGUAAAAAAAAACCUCUGCACUCAAUUGGAUAGACCUACAACCAAUCAGAACAACGCAGUAAGAGACGUAUGUUGAGCGAUGCAUAGUUGUCAACAGAGUUCAACUGCACGCACGCACGCUGGAACUGGAAGAAGUAUGAAAGUAACGAGUGUAAACGAUCUUUGCCGCUGUUGUAAAAGGAAUUUAAGAAUUCGCGGAGUACUUACAAGCAUGCAUAACAUUUUUGAGAGAAACACAAAAGGUGCAUGUAUAUACGAACACGAUCUCUUGGCUCGGCCUUCUGGGAGCCGAGCAUAAUUACACCUCAAUGGAUCGAGUCCAGACUGAACUUCCCCUCCAAAAAAUGUUGUGGACGGGGUUCGGGCUGGCUUGUGUUGUGUGACUUAAGUUUUGUCAUGCUUUUAUCAUGUGAACAAAUUGAUAAAAAAAGUGCUACUUACUUUUUCUGAAAAGAAAAAACAACAACUAGAAGAACAGCGAAAUACAUGCAUUAAGUUCAAAAAACAGUUAAAGGGUCUUGGGAUCAAUAUCGUUUCAGAAAAACAUCAGCCAAGUGUUUUAAACUUUCUGAACAUCGUUUUCCUCAGGAAUGUGUUCUAGCAUGCACUUGUGACUCAUUAAGACGUUAAAACUUGUUUUAAGAGAUGGAUGGAGUUUUUUUAUUAUUAUUAUUUGGGUUACAGUUAUUUGUACGUUUUGUAUGAUAACACGAUAUUAGGACUUAACGACAUAUAUACACACAGGGCC